UCUGUAAAGACGCGGAAGGCUGCGCGAGGCUUCUUUCGGCGAUUGGCCCCAGGACGGGAUCCGGAGCUUUGAUUGGAUAAUACCUGGCAAAGUGACACGCCCAUCGGUUGGCGAUUGACUCCAGUCACUGGAGGAGGGCAUGCAAAUCACGAAGACAGCGUGCGAUUGGCAAGCACCGCACAGGGCAGGCAUCCCCGGCGCGGCAAUCACUUGCGAUUGGUCAGCAUGGGAUGGGCGGCCGGUGCGCCGGUUUCCGGGUCCCAGCGGACGAUGGCGUCUGGUGGCUGGCGCUGGCUCCGCAGCCUGUUGGCCGCGGGGCAGCCUCUGUUCCAAGGCCGUGCGCUGCUCGUCACCAACACGCUGGGCUGCGGCGCUCUCAUGGCGGCCGGAGACGGCGUGCGCCAGUCCUGGGAGAUCCGCGCCCGGCCGGGCCAGAAGUUCGACCCUCGGCGUUCAGCAAGCAUGUUUGCGGUGGGCUGCAGCAUGGGCCCCUUCCUGCACUACUGGUACCUCUGGCUAGACCGCCUGCUCCCUGCAUCCGGCUUCCGUGGCCUCCCAAACGUCCUCCGGAAGGUCCUCAUCGACCAAGUAGUGGCCUCUCCCAUGCUGGGCGUCUGGUAUUUCUUGGGCCUUGGAUGCCUGGAGGGCCAGACCCUGGAUGAGAGCUGCCAGGAGCUACGGGACAAGUUCUGGGAAUUCUACAAGGCUGACUGGUGCGUGUGGCCUGCUGCGCAGCUGGUGAAUUUCCUCUUCGUGCCCCCCCAGUUCCGAGUCACCUAUAUCAACGGCCUGACGCUGGGCUGGGACACGUACCUCUCCUAUCUGAAAUACCGGGUCCCAAGCCCCCUGACGCCCCCAGGCUGUGUGGCCCUGGGCACCGUGCAGACUGAGCUGCCCCCUACCCCCACCAGAUGCCAGACAGGGCAAGACUGACCCUCAGCUGACCCACCACCUGGGAAGGAAGGGAAACAGGCUCCUGGGCCAAGUCUUAACCCAGUCCUGAUUCCUGGGCAUCUGGUUGGGCUGCCCCUUCCAAGCCCACUGCCAGGCCUCAGUUUGGGGAAUCUGGGACACAGCCAUGAAGAUGAACAGUCAUCCCCCAGCCCUUGCCAGGGAGCCUCAAGUGACUGGUGACAGAUGUUCCAUCCUUAGCACUGGGCCCCAGCCAGCCAGCCAGUGUCAAGCCCUUAACACUACUGUGGACUGGGUUCUGUUAUCAAGGUGGGAACAUCACCCAUCCCCUUAGAGCAGGAUCCAGCCUAGAGUUGGCCCUUAGAAUCCAGAGCCUCAGGUGGGGAGCUGGGCAGCCUCAGGGUCAUGGACUGUGAAAAUAACAUUAAAUUCUCUUUGUAAUGGAAAA